CUUUUGCACGUCAACAACUUGUUUAUCUGACACGUUACUCUUUCAGUGAGGACAUAAACAUCACCUAUUUAUUGUUUGCUUCCUCCGUAUGGUUUAUCCGUUUAACCGCAUUUUCGUUACAAGUUGAAUCAGUAUACAAGUAUAUUUAGUCUUAUCAAGCUCGACUCCUAUCGGCGAUUAUAAAUAUGGCUACCACCAAAGUCUACAUAGUUUUUUACUCCUUGUAUGGCCAUGUGGAGGUUAUGGCACGAGAGGUGCAGCGAGGAGCUAAUACUAUUCAAGGUGUUGAAGCAACACUUUGGCAGGUACCUGAGACACUUUCCAGCCUGAUUUUACAAAAGAUGAAAGCUUCUCCUAAACCAAAUGAUGUGCCAGAGAUCAAGCCAGAGCAACUUGUGGAGGCUGAUGGUUUUAUCUUUGGAUUUCCUUCUCGUUUUGGUGUAAUGGCAGCCCAGUUCAAGGCCUUCUUUGAUGCUACUGGUGACCUAUGGGCAUCCCAAGCACUUGCUGGCAAGCCUGCCGGAAUCUUCUGGAGUACUGGUUUUCAUGGGGGAGGCCAGGAACUUACUGCAUUGACUGCCGUAACACAAUUAGCACAUCAUGGUAUGUUGUAUGUCCCACUUGGUUACACAUUUGGGAGUGGCAUGUUUGAGAUGAAUGAGGUGAAGGGUGGUUCUUCUUAUGGAGCUGGAACUUAUGCGGCAGACGGAACCCGUGAACCCACAGAGCUAGAACUCCAACAGGCCUUUCACCAGGGUAAGUAUGUUGCUGAAAUAACAAAGAAGCUCAAAAAAUAAACCUUUCCAGCUUAACAUAAUAUGUCUUUCAAGUUGUAAAUCUGAUAAUGUAAAGAAUUCUCAACUGGAAUAUAACAAAGGAAGAAGAUCUUUAAAUUUAUUCUUCUGUCUCCACUAUGUACUUCUGGAGUCUCUAUGUACACAUAUUUAAUUUCCAUGUAAUUCAACCAAGCAAAAACAUCAACAAGAUAACCAAAAGAAUGCAGUUAUUUUAUCAUCUAGAUUGAUGCUUCUGGUUCUGGGCCAUUAUUAUGUUUGAUGCUUCAACAGAGGCCUAUUGACUUGUAUUUGCAUUGAAAUGAAGGUUUUGAGCACCUUGCUGACAAUCUUUGCCAAGAUAUCUGAAAAUUCAAAUGCAGGGUCUUGAUGAUUGUUACAGAGUAAGAGACAGAUAAUUUAUAAGUGUAUAUGUUUCUAUAUUCAUCUUCUUGUAAACUAACAUUUUUUUUUUUCCUUUUUCUUAUUAAUUUGGAUCAAGAUUCCUUUAUGAUUCAGGAUAAGGAUAUAAUUUUAUUCUUUUUAAUUGCCUAAAUUAGUUGGUAACCAGCUAUUUAUCUAAGUAAAUACUGACUUGUAGCCA